AUGCAGGGACCUCCUGAAGAACUACCGAGAAAUAAAGGAGAAUCCACAUAUCAGAAAGAGAGUUUUGAAAAUGUUCAGCAGCUGACAGACCCUCAGGAUCAACGCGAUGGGUUGAAGCCAUCAUUAUCAACUAAUGAUGAUCAAGACACUCCAGCUACAGAGGAAACAAAAGAAAGUCUGGUAGCUAGCUCUCAAACUUCUGCUUUGAAAACUAGCGGGAAAUCAGAUAGAGCAUUCAGAGGAGACUGGGGUUAUGUCGAUCUAUACAACUCAUCUGUCGACAACUUCUUCAGUCUAGAGUACUUGGAGCUACCGAAAUCAAAGAAACGAAAACUUGAAGACAGCGUGGUAACUACCGAACGAGCAUAUUACCGACCAGUAAAGGUCGAAGGUUCCACUGACGAGAUUAAUGGGCAUGCUGAUCAGCUGAACUCUCACGAAGAUCUCUUUGAUAGCUUGAAGUCAGGAACUUAUUGGACCGCAGAUGAGAAGGAAAUCUUUUUUAGUUGUCUCGCCAGAUUCACUAUUCACAGGGUCGAAGACUUCCUGGAUCAUUUACUCGUGAGCUACGAGACCAACAAAUCUGUGAAACACACUCCGUUCAUAUCAUAG